CAACAGCUCGACUCCACUCCUUUCUAUGUCCGCGCGAACAGAACCGUCGCGUAUCGGAUAGGGGUGUGAACAGGCAAGGCCAGUCGCCCCAUAAAACUUACAAUAAAACCCUAACACGACAACAACACCGCGAGGAAACCACCGAAAUACAGUGAAAAAAACACAUUUACCAAGAACAAAACGACUGGAAACGAAAAACUGCACGGUUUGUGUCAAAAAACGGGGAAAAACUGCACAUAACUCGGACGAGUCGCCAUCGAUGUCUCUUCCGCAAUGUCUUGUGGGUGUCAACGGAUGUCCUGCAAGCCUUCAAUGAACUGCAGCACUGAAAACACGGGUCUCCUGGUGUGGGAGUGUUGAGCACGAGCAUGCAGCAGCCGGCGGCGGGGGCCAGCAGCAGGUGACGCCCUCUGGUCCGCUGCUCGCUGCAUCCGCGGAACAUGUCAUGGGACUCUAUAGAGUCGCGCGACUUCCUCAGCGGUGUGCCUGGACACCAGCUGUCUGCGACUAGGCUGCUGAGCUCGCCGGACCCCUCCACACGACAGAACCUAGAUGACCCGCCAGAACUAUACCCGUUCGCUGAAGACUACAACACUGGCAACGCUGAGCUCCGCAAUGGGGCGCUGCGCUGGGGCUCGCGCUUCGGCCCCGCGCACCGCCCGCCGGCCGCCGGGCUGCUGGACUGCUUCCGCGCCUGCCGCAGCCGCCUCGACCAGUACAUGGCUAGGAGGAAGAUCGAGCGCGGCGUGGCCCUGUACGGUCAGAACGAGCAGCGCGCGGCGGUCAAGGUGUGGCUGUCGGCGCUGCGCGGCGUGCGGCACCGCAACGACAAGUUCGCGCUGCUGGGCCAUCUGUACCAGGCGUACAUGGACUUUGGGAAGUACAGGGAAUCCCUGGAGUUCGCGAACAGACAGCUCGGCAUAUCGGAGGAGCUGGACUCGGCGCCGAUGCGCGCGGAGGCCUACCUUAACCUGGCCCGCGCGCACCAGACCCUAGGCGGACUGGACCGAGCACUAUCGUACGCGCGCCACGCCCUCUACAACGACUGCGGCGGCGGGUCGACAGCCGGCUGCGUGCAUCUGACGGUGGCGGUCGUAUCUCUGGAACUGGGCGCCUUCUCUAAAGCCAUGGACGGCUUCCAGAAGGCACUGACUGUAGCGCAGAGCCAGAAUGAUAACACGCUGCUUUUACAGGUCUACGUUGGCUUGUCUGAGCUCUGGCGGCGUCUCCGCGACGCAGAGCGGGCGGUGGCGUGUGCGGCGCGCGCGUGCGACCUCGGCCGCGGCCCGCGAUCGACUGACCUGAACACGCGGUAUCAUCGCGUGGCAUUGUUGCAAAUGGCGGCUUCGUUACGUUCUAGAGGAGAACUUGGGGAUGCACAUGAUUAUUGUAACGAGGCGCUACGGUUGUCAGCAGUGGCUGGAGACCAGGGCUGCUAUGCCAGAGCCGUACGCAUAGCGGGAGAUGUGUAUCGAAGAAAAUGUGAUAUUGGAAAGGCUCUCAGACACUAUGAAAUAGCAAUGGGUCUGGGUCAGACACUCGGCGAUAGGCUGGCACAGAUGGAGGGUAUGGACGGCGCCGCGAGGUGUCUCGAGGCCCUCCGCCUGCAGGGACGCAUCUGCAACUGCCGUCCGUUAGAGUUUAACACACGAUUACUUGAAGUCGCUACGAGCGUUGGGGCUAAGAUGCUAGUACGCCGCGUGCGGCUCCGCCUGGCGUCCAUCUACGUGGCUCUGGGCGACGCCGGCGCGGCGGAGCGGCAACGUCGCGCGGCCGCGGCGUGGGCGCCGCCGGCUUGCGUGGUCUGUCGCGACCCGUACACCGAACAGAUAGAGCAUCUGGCUUCGCUACCUUGCGGACAUAUUGCGCAUGCAGCUUGCAUGCCUGAGUCGUGGUCUCGUCGCUCGUUGCGCAGUGCUGCGACGGCGCCCGACUGCUUCGAGUGUUCCUCACCGGCCGCCCCCCGCGCCCCUCCGCCCGCCCCGCCGGCACCCAGGACCUUGCCGACUCACGCUAAUGAUUUCCCAUUCGGAACGCCGCCGAUGCUCCGCGAUUCAGAUCUAGCUUCGAUACUUUCAGACCACAGCAGUCAACAGGCGACAUCCAGUGUAUAAGCAAGACAAGGUUGUUAUAGGUUUAGACUGGCAAUAUUAUGGAAAGCGUCUGAAAUAUAUAUUUUUACUACAAGACGGCUAAGUCCCACGAAAAAAAGAGAUUAAUUAUAUCUAAAAGAUAUGCUGUGAAUAUUUCUUUUACGAUUUUUAUUUAAGUAUUUUUGUGUGAAAAAGAUCUUUCAAUAAUAUAUUACAGUGCCACAUGCAUUAAAAAACUAUACUUACAUAUGUUUGCAAAAUUUAGUGAAAUUAUUUCGGCGCCGAUAAGGUAUUUGUAACUUUAAGCCACAAACUAUUUUCUUAAUUGAGGAUUCUAGGGUGGACGUCUACACAAACCAUACGCUUUAUAGUAAUAUACACGUUGAUUUCACAAUGUUUUAAGUGCUA